AUGCAUGGUGUAGUUCAUGAUGUGUCUCUUAGCCUUCAUAGGGAGUUAAGGAGGGAGAUUGAAGGUUGGUUCAUGAAUGGUCUUCCUAUGGAGUUAAUGAGGAAGAUGAAUGAAUGGUCAUUGAUAGGUAAUGGUGAAUGGGUGGGUCUUGGUGGUGUGGUGUGUGGGAGUGAUGGGAAUUUAUUAAUGGCUUUUGGAGAGAGAGUGGCUGGCAGGUAUAGUCCUUAUGUAGCAGAACUACAAGCUAUUAUUCAGGGACUUGAGAUGUUAGUUGAUAGGGGAUGGACUCAUGUCAUUGUUGAGUCUGAUUGUACAGAGGCUGUGAGCAUGAUUAAUGGGGAUAUGAAGAGGGUUUUGCUUUUGCUCAUAAAUGGGUACGUCUUGAUUGAAAAGGCAAAAUUGUUGCUAGAGUCCCUUAGCUUGGAGUGCAUCUUCUUUGUUCUUCGCGAUGGUAAUGGUGUAGCCCAUGAAAUUGCAAAUAAGGUAGCCUGGUUAGAGGGGCGUCAUGUUUGGUUAGGGGUUGAGCCCGAUUAA